AUGAAAGUGCUACGAAACUUAUUACGCCCCUGGUCACGGUUAGAAUUAAAAGUUUUAGAAACUCUUGUUAAAAAACACGGUCAAGAUUGGGAGAAAAUCGCUAAACACAUGCCUGGUAGAAAGGCUGGCGAAUGCUGUAUUCAAUAUUAUUCCCUACCUUUAUACUAUCGUGAGCUUCGUGAAGUAGAAAACAUACAGACAAAAGACACUAAAGCUGACUCCAAAAAAGCUUUCUCCGAAGAAGAGUGUAAACUUAUAGACGGUUUACUCGAAAAAUAUGAACGUGAGACUCGUUUAUUAAACGAUCUUGUUGAGCAAUAUGGUAAUGAUUGGUCUUUAAUAUCAAGCAGGUUGCCUGGGAGAACUGCAUAUGCAUGUAAAGAAAAAUAUCAUUCUUGUUGGCAACCGUCAUUAAAUAAAACUGAAUUGGUAAAACACAGUUGGCCACAAGAGGCAGUUCAGCUUUUAGACCUCUUAAUAUCAAAAUAUGGAAAAUGGCAAAUAAUCCCAAUUCUUUUACCCGGCAUUUCACCUAUGAAUCGCCAUGUACGCAACACAACUCUUACACGAGGAUGGAAAGAUCAAGAAAUAUCUCUUUUGAAAGACCUAGUGAAAAAAUAUGGUCGAAAUUGGAAAAAAAUAAAAUCUUAUUUUCCACAUAAGCAAAUAAAAACGAUUGAAUUUCAUGUAAGGACAAAUCCCCAACUUUAUUACAUUGAAGGACAAGAGAACGAGGUUGAUCUCUAUGAAAUCCAACAACAUUUUUAUAUAAAAAAACCUUGGUCAGGAGAGGAAAUAAGGAAGCUUUUGGAAUUAAAAUCACAAUAUGGUACAGAUUGGCGUAAGAUCUCAGAAGGCCUUCCUGAUUUAGUUCAGAAAUAUGGUUCAGACUGGGAAUUUAUCUCACAAAAAAUGCAACACAAAAACCCCAGCGAAGUACAGCAACUUGUGAACGAAAAUUCUCAAAUUUUUUCUUAUCCUGUCCCAUCAUUAAAUUCCAAUGCUGAAAAAACUGCAGCUAAAGUUUGGUCUGACGAAGAUAUAUUAAAGUUGGCAAAUCUUAUUGAAUUACAUGGUAGCGAUUGGAAAAAGAUUGCGGAAAACUUUCCCGAGAAAACAAUUGAAGAAUGUAUGGAAUACUAUUAUUCGCAUCGAAGCAUUUUCCCGGACUUAAAUCCGCUUAGUACAGAUAAUUGGGCAUUGCCAGAUCGCAGUGGUAAAUCAUGGACUGAAAAAGAAGUACAAUUGUUAAAGGAAUUACUGGAAGAAUACGGUGAUUUUAAUGAACUUUGCACAUUCGAAAAUAAAGCAAAAGCAAUGCAAUGGACGAAAGAUGAGGAAAAUAAGUUACUGAACCUUAUUAAACUUUACGGAGGGGAAUGGAAGACAAUUUCUAGUAAUCUAUCAAACAGGUCACCAACCGCCUGCAAGCAAAAAUUUUAUAGCAUGUUACGUCCAAAUCUUCCAGCUUCAAAGAUUGAAGUAAAUUUAUAA